GUUAAAAGUCCUUCCCACUGCAGAGGUGGAGCUGCAGUUAGGGAUUUCAGUCUGAUACGGAAGUAGCUCAGACUGUGAGAAGAGAAGACUGACAAGGUGAUUGUUAUUAAAUAAUAAUUGCAGAACUUUCCAUGGAUCCCAAAGUGGAGUUUAAUGUGUUUUGUGCAAAAAAAAAGCUGAUACCGGAAUUCAGACUGAUUUCCCAGACAGGACCACCUCAUGAUCCCUGGUUUACUGUGCAUCUGUAUGUACAAAAUGAAAUGUUUGGAGAAGGACAAGGCAAAUCCAAAAAGGCAGCAGAGAAGAUAGCAGCUAGAAUUGGACUGGCCGCUCUGCAAAAUCAAGGAAUCCCACCCCAGGCACAGCAACCCACAGCAGCCGCCUCUCUGGACCCAGUUCAAAGUUCAUUGCAGGGAAGCGCUGCAACUGCUGAACCCCCUGUAAAUGGCUCUGAAAGUCAGACGGCGAACCAUAUAAACUACAUUGGAAUUCUAAAUGAAUUAUGCCAGAAGAAAUCAUGGAACACAAAUUUCCGAGAUGUUGAUCGUUAUGGACCAGAUCAUGAGCCUAAGUUCUAUUGUGUGGCAGAAGUGAACAAGCAAGCGUAUCCAGAAGGUUGUGGAAGGAAUAAAAAACAAGCAAGAAAAAAAGCGGCUUUUCUGGCACUGCAUGCACUCAAAACUGAAAAUCCCAAUGAUAUCCUGAUCCCUGCAAUUCCAGCCCUUUAUACAGGAGAAUCAGGAUCAGAAAGUUCUUCGGUGUCUGAAAGCAAUGGAAGUAGGAGUAACGACAGGUGGAGUUUAGCAGGUGGAACAACUCAAGCAAUGUCUGCAGUUCCCGAGAGUACUACAAAUUCUUCCCAAAGCCCUAGCCCUUUUGCCGGAUUUGUGGAUAUAUCCAAAUUGUCAUCUGGUGGAUUUGGAAAAGUAUUUAAAGCUUUGAAAACCUUGGACAAUAAAUAUUACGCAGUGAAAAAAGUGAAGAUGCACAAUGAGAAAUGCAAGUUGGAGGUAGAAGCUUUAGCCAAUUUAGAUCAUCCAAACAUUGUUCGAUAUUUCCACUCAUGGACUGGAAUGGACUAUUCUUCAGACACCAGUUACAGCUCUAGUUCCUUCAGUGACACAGAUGGAAUGAACAAGUGCCUUUAUAUUCAGAUGGAAUUUUGCGAAAAUGGUGACUUAAAAAACUGGAUCAGAAAAAUGAAGAGCGUGGAUAAGAUUAAAAGUCUGGACAUAUUUCGGCAAAUAGUUGAAGGCGUAGUCUAUAUUCAUUCAGAAAAACGUAUACAUAGGGAUCUUAAACCCGAAAAUAUAUUCUUUGCCAAAGAAAUGAGAGUAAAAAUUGGGGAUCUUGGUUUAGUGACUCAGAUGUUUAGUGAAGAUAGCACAGAUGCACUUCUUCGAACUAACAGCACAGGAACUCCAACUUACAUGGCCCCAGAACAGCAUGAAAACAUUUAUAACAGUGAAGUGGACAUUUUUGCACUGGGAUUAAUUCUUGUUGAACUCUUGUGUAUAUUUGGCACUGGACACGAGAGAGCUAAUGAAUGGAAGAAGCUACAAAGUGGCCAGUUGCCAGAGACAUUUGUAGAACAGUUUCCUUAUGAGACACAUACAGUCAAGAAAAUGCUAUCGGCAGAUCCUACAAAGAGACCCACAGCCAAACAAUUAAAGCAAUUCUUGGAAGAAAAGAACUAUUUAGAUUCCAGAACAUGUUAAGCAAUCAAAUAAAGCAGCUCCGGAAGAUUAAUUUCUCGCUAUUGGUUCAGCCCAGAGCCUCAUCUUACAGAACAGAACUUGAGUUUUAAAACAAGGUUUUGAAAAUGUAGGGGCUGAUUUGUCAAAGGUUCGAUUGUUAGUUUUUUUUUUUACCCUCGCAUGACCUCAAAAUUCGAAUAUUAUCAUAUUUAAGAAAAAACUUGAAUAUCUACAACUCGAACGAAUAUUAUCGACCCAAAAAUUCUAAUCAAAUUGAACUAAACUAUUUUUUCUCUGAAAAAAACUAGAAUGUCAGGAAGGCUAUUAACAUCUUCAAAUAGGUCCCUGGACCUCUGCCAUUGACUUCUACAUGAAUUCAUCAGGCUUUAGGUGGCGAAUUAAUGAAUUUGAGUUCUUCCCAGGGUCCAGGUAUGAUAAAUCUCAAAUUUGAGUUUGGAUUAUUCCCAACUCAAAUUUGUGAGUUUUGACCAAAAAUCCAACUUGAAAAUUCGAAGUUACAAUUUGAACCUUAAUAAAUCUGCCCCUUAUUGUAGUCACUUAGCAAGUGACAAGUAGCUGCUGAAAUUUACAGAUUGAAAGGGGUAUUGCUCUGCUUUACUCAUUGUUUUCAGGUACAAACAGAGAUUUUUAAAAACUGAAUUAUUUGAACUGGGGUAAUGAGGUUAUAUUAGAUUUUGUAAACUGUAACAGACACAGAAAAAAUAACAUUCCUCUUGUGUGUAAUAAAAGAUCACAAUGUUAUAUUGAAUCCAUUAUGAUAUAUAUAUGUAUAAUACACAAGAACCAUUAAUAUCCUGUAAAUGAUAUCCUUAUAAACGGUGAGUUCUGAU